AUGUCCUCUUACUACGUUUCAACGGGUACAAUCGAUAAUCCAAGGCUAGCCGAACAGGCCAGGAUACUUUACGGGCUAUCGGGCGAGGACGAUGCAAUGGAGCAGCAGUCUCGGCUGGAGUGGCUGAUCUCCUAUUAUAUGGCGAUGAGCAGAGAGGGCGGACAUUUUGAAGAGAAAGCCAUUUCCUUCGCCAGUUUGGUCAAGAAUUGUGCGUAUAAUGCAGCCACGUGUACACAGGAGAAUUUCACCAGUGUUUUCCACCCCAGCUACGGGCUUUGCUACGUUUUCAACUUUCACGGGGAAGCCUCGAAGGUGACGAGGUCGGGCCCGAACUACGGCUUGAAAAUGCUGCUCUAUACGAAUAUUUCGGAAUAUAUUGAGGCGACGACGUCGAUUGGGUGCCGGAUAGCGAUUCAUGAUCAAGACGCCUAUCCAUUUCCGGACACCUUUGGCUACAGUAUCCAGCCGGGGAGUGCGAUUGCGUUGAGCAUGAGGGCUAAUCGCAACGAACGUCUGAAUGCCGGGGAGACAAAAUGCCAGGACGAUUCGGAAACGGAAUACCUCUACGAUGGUAGUUAUACCAUGGAGUGGUGUCUA